AUGUCCUCAUUACAAACGCUAGUGGUGGUGAGCAAGUGAGCGUGUUUUUCACAAUUUAUAACUAACUUCGUCGUCAUUUAUAUUUCACGUAUUGUGGAGUGGUUUGGUUACUGUUCUGUUUUUCAACAAAUUCUUAUGGUGUUUAAAGCUAAGUUUAAUUAAAUUCAGUAAAAUAUUGUGGAUUUGUUAGUCGCAGAUUGAUAUUAUCAAUCAUUAACUCGCGCAAAAUGUCACAGCCAGAAGAACAGCUAACAAACAAUGGAAAUGGAGAAGAACAAAGGCCCAAUGGUAGUAACGACGAAGGCGACGCAUUGGGCAGUCAUGGUGCUUCUGACCGUCCUCGAAUUGCUCAGAUGCCAGUACAUCGUAACGCGUUGUAUUACAAAAUGGAUCAUAAGCGUCGUGGAGUGGCGAUCAUUUUUAACCACGAGUACUUCGACAUCCAUAACCUAAAGCCUCGAACAGGCACUAAUGUAGACAGUAAUAACUUAGCCAGGGUCUUAAAAAGUCUUGGUUUUAGUGUGACGGUAUUCGAAAAUUUAACAUACCGUACUCUAAGUGCUCACGUGCAAGAGGUCGCGGAGAUGGACCAUAGCGAUGAUGAUUGUCUGUUAAUCGCAGUGCUGACUCAUGGAGAGCUAGGUAUACUUUAUGCUAAAGACACUCAUUACAAGGCAGAAAACUUAUGGUACCAUUUCACGGCUGACAAAUGUCCUACACUAGCAGGUAAACCAAAGUUAUUUUUCAUACAAGCUUGCCAGGGCGAUAAACUUGAUGGCGGCAUAACACUGUCUAAUAUCACUGAGACUGAUGGGUCUUCCAGCACCCAAUAUAGGAUCCCAGUACAUGCAGAUUUCUUGAUUGCAUUUUCUACUGUGCCCGGUUAUUAUUCCUGGAGGAAUACUACUCGCGGCUCCUGGUUCAUGCAAGCCCUGUGUGAUGAGCUGCGUUCAUUUGGCACAGAGAGAGACAUACUUACUCUUUUGACUCUUGUUAGUCAAAGAGUGGCUCUAGACUUUGAGUCCAACACACCAGAUCUACUUCCAAUGCACCAACAGAAGCAAGUCCCUUGCAUUACAUCUAUGUUGACCAGAAUUCUUGUGUUUGGAAAGAAGAAUUAAUAAAUCAAUAAUUUAUAGAUACAUAACAAAGAAAACAAUUUGAUACCUAUUAAUGGUCAUUGUAAAUUAUUGAGGUAGGGUUGCAUCAUAAAUACUGCCAUCCAUGUCAAGAUAGCCUAUUAUGAGAUUUUUAUUUACCUAUUUUUAUAACCAUAUUACCUAUAUCAUGAACUAUAGAAAUGAGACAUGAAUUUAAAUAUUCAUACUUCAAACAUUUUUGAUGAUUACUUUUUGGAUAAAAGUAUAAUUUUAGUGCCAUUUGUUUUAUAUAGAUAUAGCCACAUAAAUACUUGCACUCGAAAUUGUCUCAAAAUAAAUAGAACUGCAACAAAGGAAAAAUAUUUUCUAUGUAAUGGUGCAUAUCUUUUUCUUUGUUAUAUUUUAUGUGCUUUCAUUCCAAAAGUGUGUAAUUUGCUCAGGGCUGUGUUGUAUCAGUGCUGUUGUAGGUACAUUGUGUGAUAUAUUAUCAGCUUGACUGCAGAUAGUGAUUGGCACUCCAGCUGAUAAUGACAUUUACACAUACAAAUAUAUGACAUGUUAUGAUUGCAUAUAUCUUUUAACAUUAAAAAUUGAGGAGUAACUGGCAUAAGAAACUACCUACUAUAAUAAAUUAUAUGUAUAAAUACAUUAUCAACACAUCAAAGAUUCCAUGUGAGAUUAAAAAUUACACUACCAAAUACCAAUAACAUGCAAGUUAUAUUUAUUUAUACAACCAAGUUACUCCACAAGGAUAAUGUAUGCAUGUCUUUUUUUAUUAUUAAAUAAGCUCAAUUUAAUGUUAGAUAUGUAAGCUUAAUACUGUUGUCUAAUAUUUGUUUAGAAAAGUAGUACAUCUAGUACUUAAAUCUAAGACUUCAUUUUGUCUCGGUGUUGCCUUUAGGGCAUUUUGUAAUAUCGAAAAUCAUUUGAGCAAGGUACAUAUCAUAUUGUUCAAUGAUAUCAUAAUGUAAUUUACCAAUUAUUGCAUAUGCUAGGCAUAUUUUCAGCAGUAAAAGUGUUCUUUUUGAUCUUUACCUUUAUCAUAAUACAAUUUUUGAUAUAAUAUUUAUUAAUAUAUUGUGUAGACCACAAUUCUUAUUUAAUGAAAUGAGAUCAUUGCCACUUGCAUUUAUUUUGUGUAUACUAAAAGUAAGCUUGUGCUCAAAUCAGUGAUAGUCUCAAAUAAUGUACUUCAUGUUAACUUGUAGGCUUUGUUUGGUUUUUUAACCAUUUACCCUGCCUAUACUUGCUACAGAUUGUGUUGUGUCAAGAUCUCGCCAUAUACGUAUUAUUUGACUGAUAUGUGUGAUGAGAUGUAAUAUGUGGUGGACUGAUUUAUGAAAUAAGUUUUCAAAAUAUCCUUGAGGAAAUAAUUUAUUGAUUGAAUUAUUAUUGGAAAAUUGUGCCUUGAAUGCCAUUGAAAUUAUAGUCAUUGCUAGUGAAAUUGUGAUAUCUCCUCAUGGGUUUUUGAUGAACAAAAUUAUAUUUAUAAUUAUUUCUCCUAAGCAAUAAAAAAAUUCUUCCAAA